UUAAAUAGUCUUAGAAGAAGCCAACAUUAAGUGAUAGAAUUUCCACACAGCUGGUUGGAAAAGCAGUUGUCUCUGCCUUCUCAGUGCAGCAUGGCGUUUGGACUUGGUGCUCUUUGCCUGUUACUAUGGGCAAUAACAGAUGGCAGCAGAGGGGCAGUCUGACAAAAAUGACAUCUGACAUGGAAGAGCAUAUGAAGCAAAGUUGUGUCAUUGAAUUCCUUCUUGAGGGAAAAAAGGCACCUCUUGACAUUCCUCAAUGCUUGCUGAACAUUUAUGAAGCCCAAACAGUGGAUGUGAGCACAGUGAAGCGGUGGGUGGUGUGUUUCAGCAGUGGUGACAGUGACAUGAAAGGCAAGCCGUGUUCUAGACAGCCGUGCACAGCUGUCGCACCAUGAAAUGAAGAGUAUCUUGAUCAACUCUUCCCGUCGAAUUGGCAGAGGGAUUUGUGUACGGACCUGAAUAUCAGCUGCAAUGCAUUGGAUAUGAUGAUGGCAGAAAGAACACCGUAUGCAAGUUUGUCAAGACCUAUUGAAACAAUCCGAGGCUGAAGGUUCCUACUGUGAGCAGUGCAGAGAAGGAGCCACGUAUUCAAGUGCAGUAAUAUCUCCCAACUUAGAAACCACUAAAAUUAUGCGAGUUCCUCAUGCUACAUCAGUGUCUGAAUGCAUCACGGCGUGUUGUGACCUCUCUGGUUGUGACUUGUCCUGGAUGUUUGAACGGCGCUGUUACAUUGUGAACUGCCAGCACAAAGAGAACUGUGAACCUAAAACAAUUGAGACGGUAAAGUCCUAUCUAACGUUUGUGCUGAGACCUUCUCAGAGGCCAGCCUCACUGCUGGGAUUUGGGCAGGUGAUCCCAAGCAUGGUGCACUCCGUGGGACGUCAGAAUGAACCGCCUGAGGAAAUGUCUUUGCUUGGCAAAGAACCGAGCCUUGAGGAGAUACCUGAAUAUAUAGAUGAUUAUAAAGAUUUGGAGCAGGACCCUUUUCAGGAGAGCCUCAAACACGAACCGAAGGAGAGCACGGAUUAUGCUGACUGGGGCCUGAUGGUAGCAAGUGAAAAUGGCUUCAACACUUCAGUCAGCGACAACAGAGAUAACCAGGAAGAGGAAGCUGGAAAGGUGGAGAGCCUUCUGAGUAAAAACAGAUCUGAACUGAGCUCUGUCAGUGAACACUCCACAGAGGGGUUGUCUUCUCUCCCAGAGAUUACACCGUACCCUGGGAAGACAUCUGAAAGCAGAGCAGCUGUUGAGCUGCUUGCACAACCUGCCAAUGCUUUGCAAGAAAAGGUUUCUCCUUAUUCCCCUCCAUCAGACAAACUGGAAUUCUCCCCAGAUGUGUCAGACAAAGCCCAGACUCCUACAGUGGCCCCAGAGAAUGUGACUGAACAUGGAAUCAUGCUGCUUCCCAGUAAUACUGUGCCAUCUGAACCCAUGCAGCAAUUUAUGCCUCCUGCUACUGCUGCCAAAGCAGAUACAGUAAAAGAACUUACUGUAUCUGCUGGAGAUAACGUACAAGUGCUGCUACCCAAAAAUGAGGUUGAACUAAAUGCCUUUGUUGUCCCACCACCACCAGCAGAAACAUCCUACAACUAUGAAUGGAGAUUAAUUAGUCACCCUGCUGACUAUGGUGGUGAAAUGGAGCGCAGGUACACCCGGACACUGAAGCUCUCUCAUUUGUCGGUGGGACUUUACGCCUUCAAAGUGACAGUUUCUGGUGAAAAUGCCUUUGGCGAAGGUUUUGUAAAUGUCACUGUCAAACCAGCAAUCAGAGUUAACCAGCCACCUGUUGCUGUUGCUUCACCCAAAGUACAAGAAGUUUCUUUGCCUACAACUUCUACCUUCAUUGAUGGCAGUCAAAGUACAGAUGAUACGAAGAUUGUGAGUUACCACUGGGAGGAAAUUAAAGGUCCUUUGCAGGAGCAGAAGGCAUCUGCUGACACACCUGUCUUGCACUUGUCUAACCUUGUUCUUGGAAAUUAUACUUUCAGACUCACUGUGAUUGAUUCAGAUGGAGCAGCCAACUCCACAAUUGCGUCUCUGAGUGUCAACAAACCAGUGGAUUACCCACCUAUUGCAAAUGCAGGACCUAAUCAGGCAGUCACUUUGCCCCAGAACUUCAUCACGUUGAAUGGAAACCAGAGCAGUGAUGACCAUGAAAUUGUCAGCUAUGAGUGGUCACUCAGUCCCAGAAGCAAAGACAAGGUUGUAGCAAUGCAGGGAGUACGGACUCCAUACCUCCAGCUGUCUGCAAUGCAGGAAGGAGAUUAUACCUUUCAACUCACAGUCACAGAUUCAGCAAAGCAGCAGUCCACAGCUGAAGUCACUCUGAUAGUACAGCCUGAAAAUAAUAGCCCUCCAGUAGCAGUGGCUGGCCCUGACAAGGAAUUGACAUUCCCAGUAGAAAGUACUACGCUGGAUGGAAGCAGAAGCCAAGAUGACCAAGGCAUUGUCUUCUAUCAUUGGGAAAAUAUCAGCGGGCCAAGCUACGUGCAGAUGGAAAAUGGUGACAAAGCAAUAGCAACUGUGACUGGUCUUCAGGUUGGCACCUAUCGCUUCAGACUGACAGUAAAAGACCAGCAGGGGUUAAGCAAUGCAUGUAUGCUGUCUAUUACUGUGAAGGAAGAAAACAACAGUCCACCCCGGGCGCAUGCUGGGGGGAAGCAUGUUCUGGUGCUUCCCAAUAACUCUGUUACCUUGGAUGGCUCAAGAUCUGCUGAUGACCAGGGGAUUGUGUCAUAUUUGUGGAUUCGGGAUGGUCAAAGCCCAGCAGCUGGGGAUGUGAUCCAUGGCUCAGACCAUGAAGCAGUAUUGCAGCUAACUAAUCUGGUGGAAGGAAUCUAUAUUUUUCACUUGAAAGUGACAGAUGCCAAAGGAGAUUCAGAUAUUGACUCUGCUACUGUUGAAGUGCGGCCUGAUCCCAAAAAGAGUGGUCUGGUGGAGCUGAUUCUGCAAGUUGGGGUGGGACAGCUGAGUGAACAGCAGAAGGACACCCUGGUGAGGCAACUAGCUGUAUUGCUGAAUGUCUUGGAUUCAGAUAUCAAAGUUCAGAAGAUACAAGCAUUCUCAGAUAUAAGCACUGCAGUUGUGUUCUACGUCCAGAAUGGGCAUCCUUCCAAGGUGAUCAAGGCAUCAGAUGUGUCUCGAACUUUGCAUGUGCAGCUUCUGAAAGAGAAGGCUGACUUUCUGCUUUUUAAAGUCCUGCGAGUUGACACAGCUGCAUGUCUUUUAAAAUGCUCUGGACAUGGACAUUGUGACCCUAUAACAAAGCGCUGUAUUUGCUACCAGCUGUGGAUGGAAAACUUAUUUAAUCGUUAUCUAAGUGAUGGCGAGAGUAACUGUGACUGGAGUAUACUCUAUGUAACUCUAUCUGCUUUUAUUAUGAUUGUGGUCAUGAUAGGGCUUGCCUGGUUCUGCAUCUGCUGCUGUAAAAGCAGAAAGAGGACUAAGAUAAGAAAGAAAACAAAAUAUACUAUCCUAGAUAACAUAGAUGAGCAGGAGAGAAUGGAGCUACGACCCAAAUAUGGUAUAAAACACAGAAGUACAGAACACAACUCCAGCCUGAUGGUUUCUGAAUCAGAGUUUGACAGUGAUCAGGACACUAUCUUCAGCAGAGAAAGGAUUGAAAGAGAGAAUACUAAAACCCUUAUGAAUGGAUCAAUUAGAAAUGGCGUUUCCUUCAACUACAGCUCCAAAGACAGAUAACUGAAUGAGGGAACUGGGAACCUGAAUACUUGGCUGCAGUAGACUUGAUCUCCCUGUCAAAUGCUGAGGCCCAGGGCUUCAUCGUACGUACAACCCUCUCACAUUCUACAGGAAUGCAUUCUUCUUACAGUAAGAAGACUCGACAGGACAAACUUCAGCCAGUCCUUAGUAUUGUGCUCUAUAUUGUCUGCUCUCCAGCUUUUUUUUUUUUUUCCACAGCAUCUUUCCAUUACUGCUUAUGCUAAGUCUCUGGUGUGCCUUUAUCAAUGAACUUACUGUUUAGUACGUGUCAGUGCAGUCAGCACCCUUCAAUUUUGUCAAGUCUGUCACUUGCGUGUUUAGGGAUUUAUUUUACAUUUUUCAAGUCUGGUGCUGAAGCAGAUGGUUCUUUCAAGUACUCUAGUAAAGCAGCUAAUCAGAAACCUGUUCUUAUCAAUGCUACAGAAUUCCCUGGGCUGUUUCUCCCACACACACUCUUGCUAUGGGUUCCAACCUUGAGAUCAGUGGCAAGCUCAUGUACCAUGAGAUCAUCUGCAUGAUUUGGCUAAAUAUUUCUCACUCUAACAAGAAAGAAACUGGUCUAACGCUUCUAUUGCCCAAGGACUUACCAAGUGGAGGAUGCUUACAGAAUUCUGUCCCCUAGGUAACACUUUGACAUCUUCAUUGUAUUUUAUUUACAUUUUGAAAGCUGAUUUUUGGAGCAGCCUCUCCAAAAAUCUCUCUCAUUCUAAUGGUAUAAUUGUUCCAUUAUCCUUGGAGGGAGAAGUCAUUCUUCGUUCAUAGUAUGAGGCUUGCAAUUAAUACGAACUUCCACCAAGAUUUAAAAAUAAUCAUUUCUGGCUCUGUGAAUUUGUGAUAUCACAUUGGCGUCUUAAGCAUAAUUUUGUCAAGAAAUAAGGAGUGAAUAUAGCAAGGCUUUUAUCUCAAUUCAGUGACAUUUUUAUUUCUAGAAAAACUGCUUUAUUGGUGCAUGUCAGGUGGAAUGAAAGAGAAGAAAAGCGAACUGUUAAGGUGCAAACACAGUUGCCAAAUGUAGGACUGCUGAUAGCUUUGCAAUUUGGAUUAUCAAUUAUAUUUGGGUUUGAAGCAACUACACAGUCCUCACAUUUACUUCCACACGGCUUUCCUUUAUGCACAGAAAGCAUAUAGCAGCUUCUUUCUGAAACAGGGAUGUCCUCUGCUCUUCUGAGAUACCAUGUAUGGCUUGUAUGCUUGUCAUGUAUGGCUCUAGGUCCGUUGUAAAGAAAUUCACAGUGUGGCAUUGGUAAGAUGCUCUCUUAGAACACAAACAGCGUGCCAACACUUGGAGUUCAUCAUAGUUUUGGUGUACGUUCUGGAUUUUCACUUCCAUCUUGGUUUUACAUUUACAGAUGCUGGCUGAUACAUGCACAAGUAGAGGUUAUCUAGCUGUGUAGAAGGGCUGCCUCUGUUGCAUUUUAAGUAGGGAAUGUAUUUAGAAAAACUUCCUUGCCAUUACUGCCUGAUGCGUUAAAGAGGUUCAAGUAUUCAACAUUGUCAUACUGCAAAUAAUGUUUUGUGUUCAUAGUUUUCUUAACUAAAACACUGCUGCAGUACAAACAGAAAUAUACCUAGGCAAGUCUGCUGUGAUACACAUCCAAAGCCUCCAUUGUCCUGUGGUUCAACCUUUCAUUUUAAAUGAGAAUGAAUUGUUGAGAAAUUCAAGAAAAAUAUGAGCAGUCUAAUCACAGAGGAGUUUAUUUGCACAGGGGAAAAAAAGGAUGUUAUUGUUUUGUUUGUCAUAAUACACUUUCAGCUGCAUCCUUGUGGGUAAACAGAAGAUGAGCAGUCAGCCAGAUACAUCACAGACAGCUCCUUUUCCUGUUUUUUUUUUUUUUUUUUGCUGUCAGAUGUGGUUGCUUGUAUAAUGUUUUUCUCUUGGUUUAUUGUGGCAAACAAAAUUAACUGUAAACAUGCAAGGAAGUUCACUGUGCCAAAAACAGAUAAAUUGUCGAUGCUGAGCUUGAACUUUCUUUCAACAGUUGUAAUAUUCUUGAAAUAAUUUCCUUAGGCAAAUUUCCUGUUCUUCUUUUAGGCCACAUGAAACUAGUUUUGCACCUCAGUGUACUGGUAAUGGGCUCUCAUCAGCCGAGUUCUGGGAUGGCAGUAAUAAAAUGACAAAUAUUGGUCUUCUAGCGAUUUUUAUAAGGAUUGAAAAAGGAAAAUAUUUCUCUAGAAGGAAGGUAAGGCAGAAGUGAAUUAGUUUCUUAACAUCAGCUAUUGCUUAUCACUGAUACCUAAUUAGAAUAUUGAGCUCAUGCCUCUGCAGUGAAGGAAAACCUAUUUCGUUAUACACCUUUUAGGUCCAGAACUCCCCAAGACAAGGGAACCCUGAGGCUUGGAAACUAAAUUUAAAGGGGGAAAAAAAAAAAAAAAAACCAACCCUUUGUUUUGCAUAAAGUAUGAACCGGAUGCCAAUGAGCCAUACAUCAUGUAGCUGGUCUGUGUAUAGAAAAACUUCUCCCCCUGGGUGGAUGGGUGAGCUAUUGCAGAAUUUAUACAAAGAAUCCAAUUCUAACAAAUGUUACUUUUGAAAAUGACAGUGUAUUGUAACUGGACCCACUUCUGAGCUGAAACUAUUACAUUUAUGUAACUACAAAUAAAAUUUUGUCUUUUCUUCUAGGAACUUAGUGAGGUACUCUUUGAGACUUUCUGUGUUGGACUAAAUACUCAAGUCGGGCUAAGGGAGACAAAUUGUAUGGCAUAGCUGAAGUCUACUCAAAAGAGCAGUAUAAUAUCUGAUCUCUUGAGUUGCUACUGACAAAAGCAAAUAGAAAUGUUAUGCAGGGAGGUAGCAUAAUUCAGUAUAUUAGGGAGCAGAAAAAACUGUCUUACUGCAAUUCAGUUUCCAUGUCCUGUUUGUCCUUGGGUUAGUUGCCUGUGCACCCUUCUGAAUACCAUACUUAAACCUUAUACUUCAGGAUAGGUUAAGCCUUCUAUAAGCAGUAGGCCUGACAAAGGACAAACAGUUAUCCUUAAGACUGCACAGUUGCAGUGAUACAGCUACUUCAAUGCCAAGUCAAAUCUAGAUACUUUUUAAUUGAGGGAUUGCCUGACUCCCAACAGCAUUUGAAUGAAUGAGGAGUUUAGAACAGUAUAAGCUAUUUUACUAUGUACAAAACAUUUAAACUGCUAUUUACAUUUUGCAAAGCUUAUGAAAACAUAAAAUCAAUCAUAGAUGUCUUUAAAAAACAAACAAACAAAUAGUCUGCCAACUAAAUGGAUAGGCCACAGAACUCUAGCUAACUUAUGCAUUUCCUUAAAUCCAAAGAUCUUGGUGACAAGACAGAGUGAAGAACAAGAACUUGCUAUUCUAAACAAAAUUAAAUGCUAGAUAUUGGUCAUACUUGAAAUACUUCUCAGUAGCACCGACUGUCUUACCUCGCCGCUACUAGGUUGGUGUGGCCAGGACCAGGAGCCACCUCACUUACUCUAUGUAUGUGUUUUCCAGCUUAGCGUACUAAUGGCCAAGCACUACCUGGAGUGACUUACCAGAAAAAAAAAAAAAAAAACUUUUAUCUUUUGCACUACAGCUGGAGAUAGUUUCUGCCUGGUAAGCUAAAAAUGUUCAA